AGUACUUCACAGCUUGUCAUCUUCUCCUUCUAAGCAUGCGGCUCUUUCCUGGGCUCCUGAUCGCCCACGGUCGCGUUGCCAGACGGCUCGGCCUAGGACCACGUUCUCGACUUGAUUUGUUGAGGAAUCUCCUCACAGGCUUGACCCGACAUGAGAGGAUUGAGACCACCUGGGCCCGGGCGGAAGAGCUGCAGCAGUAUGCAGAAAAACUGAUUGACUAUGGCAAGCGAGGGGACACAGACGAGCGAGCUAUGAAAAUGGCUGACUUUUGGCUGACGGAGAAAGAUUUAAUUCCCAAACUGUUCAAGGUUCUUGUCCCUCGCUUCAGCUCUCAUCACAGUAAUUAUACCAGAAUGUACCAGAUUCCCACCCGAGAUAACGUGGAUCGCGCUAAAAUGGCGGUGAUUGAAUACAAAGGGAAUCCAUACCCUCCACUGAUCACACCAAAAAAAGACAAUGAAAAGACUCUCUUAAACCAGCUUGUGAAAGGUUACAAACUAGAGAUGCAGCAAGCUGCUUUAAUCUCUCACAUAGUCACAUAGUGGGCCACAUUUAUGAAUGGAUUUUGGACAUAUCUCCUUAUUUAUAUGUGAAUAAAAUAUAGCAUAAUGGAGAAUAUCUGACUGAAAUAGUUCUGCUGUGUAUCAUACUUCACUAUAAAACAAUAUAGUACAGUGGAAUGAAAUUGGUUCAUGAAUACAAUGAAAGGUGAUUGUAAACAAAAAACGUUGUCCCGACAUGUUAGAAAUACAUGUUAACUCUCAUGCUUUUUAUUUAAGCAGUUGGCCUCCUUGUUUUUCUAUCUGUGGCUGAAAAUCUUGUCUAAAAAAUAGUAAUUAAAUUUUUUUUUUAAAAAAUAUUCUUGGUAGCUGGCUUGUAUAGAUUUUGUUUUCUAUAUAAUAGAGAUGGUGCACUCCCUUAAAGGGGACCUGUCACAUAAAAAAAAUAUUCUAAAUCCUAUUUUAUUUCAUGUUAAUCAAGCAAAAUGAACUUUAAUUACACUGUAUACAUUUUUUUGUUUUCAUCAGUCUGGGAAUUCAUAAUUAUAACAAGCAGGCAGGAGCCAUUUUGUGGACACUGUUAUUAAGACAAGCCUUUCAUCAUCUCAGAAUCUUGUUUGUGCACCAGAAUGGGGGACCUGAUGUCCAUCCUCAUGUCCUGGCUACACAAUUAAAUAGUUGAGAAUUGGGGGAAUGUGUGGAGAGCAGUGAUCUAGGAAGUGCUGAAUGGAAAGUGAAAAUAAUUGCUUGCCCCGCCUCUAUACCUAAGGCAUAGAGGAGGGGCAGACAAUUUUAAA